AUGAUGCGCCAGCCGAGAAAUGUGAAGCCUGCGAAAGAGGAAGCCGUCGACGGUUUGGGAGCGCCCAGCCAAGUGGUCGGAAGGCAGAAGCCGUUCGACCGGACAGGGUUUCAGUCAGCCGCAGGUCGGAUUCUCGAUGAUUGUGCCAGAAUGGCGACCUUGAGCGUGCCAUUGAUGGCCUUCAACAAGUGGCAGGAUCCUUUGAGCCCAAGGGCCACCAAGAUGGCAACGCGUAUUUCGCAAAGUAUGCCCUUGUCGGGCCUUGAUUUGGAGAUCGAAUUGGAGAAGAAGGCGUAUUCCUGUAGCCUCCUCAAGGAGUCUUUUACCACGCCAGAGAUCGAGCAGAAAGGCAUCGAAGAGGAUAGCGAUGAAGAUGGCCUACUGCAAUUGGACGGCGCUGAGCUCUUGAUGUGCCGCAAUGUGAGCAAUCGUUCCAACGACGAAGUGAGUCUACAGACCUCGUCGGCCCAGUGGCAGGACCCUGGGCAAGGCGUGAUCAUCGUCGACUGGGACGACACGUUGUUUCCGACCACCUGGUUGUCCGAGAAACCGAAAUUUCGGACGUGGCAGAGGGGCUGGUCAGUCGACAAGAAGAUGCCUGAGCUGAGCCCAGAGGAAAUGUCCGAGCUGGCGGAGCUGGACCAGGCAUUCGAGGCGGAACGCGCCCUGCACACCAUGCGACUUCUCUCGCUGCUUUGGCUCUGCUGGACGCAGCGGACGACCCACACGGCCGCUGCCAACGCGCUCGGCGCGGCGGUGGACGUCGAGGACGGAGCGCUGCUGGUCGUCCGACCGGAUGGCCAUGAUGAGCACCUCUGGAGCUGCGCCUUUGUGGCGGAAGGCGACGCGCUCCGCUGCUGGGACACAACUCCACCACCGGUGUUCCGGGUUCGCUUUCGACUCAAGGACGACCGCCGCUUCGUGCUGAAAGUGACGAGCAGUUGGGCGCCGGUCUUUGCGCAACGCUUUUGGCAGCUUUCCAAGCUGAACUGGUGGAAGGAUGUGCCCAUCUAUCGGCCUUGCUAUACCAACAAGACCCAGCGCUUUGUGAGCCAGUUUGGCCUGGUGGGAAGUCCGAAAGUCAACAAAGCCUGGAUUGAUCAGAAGACAUCCAAUGCCACUGCACCCGCAUUGGUCUCCAACACCCGUGGCCGCCUGAGCUUUUCCAUGGACGCCGUCAUGUGUAACGCCAGCGCUGCGAAAGAUCCCUGCGCCAAGUACCGGCCCAACUGUACUGCCACGGACUACUGUGCGGUGGGCUGGUAUACCGAGAUCUUUUUGAACUAUCAAGACAAUUCCCAUUUGGAUUCACAUGGUUUCGCUCCUUUUGCCGAGGUGGAGGAGGGCAUGGAGGUCCUGGAUCAUCUUGGAUCGGUGCUGGGCAACCUCUAUGGCGAAGUGCAAGAGCUUUGCACGCCCAAUCCGGAUCCCUUUUGUCGAUUCCGUGAUGGCCUGUGUCAGGGCGUGAAUAGCAGCACAUUGAUCGCGGAGGGGAAUGAGUACAUCCGCUCCGGCUUCCCUAAGAUGUAUGAUCUGCGGAUUGCUGGUAUCCAAGUGAUUUACGCCAGCGAGACCUGGGUUCUCCAGCAAGGUGACCGGGCCAGCGAAUGCCUCCAUCAAGCUGAGAUGCCUGUAGAGGAGCAAGAAGCCCUCAUGAUGCAAAGAUGCCUCAAGAAGAAGGAGGCCGCCAUGAAGCGGGUCAUCCAGAAAGCCUAUGAUGGGAAGAGCUGGAAGAACGUGGUGAGUCUGGGGGACGGCGAGGCGGAGUUUAAUGCCAUGCGUGAGAUCUCCUUCAAACAUGAGAAUCCCGUGGGGCACACCGGCGAUCAAAAGUCCUUUCGGAUGAAGGCGGUCCAGAUGUUGGACUCGGCGAGUUGCCGCGAGCUGAUCACCCAGCUGCAGAUCUUGCAGGCAUGGAUGCCUGCUUUGAUGCACUUGGACGACGACUUCUUCGUAACCCUUGGGAACAGCGAAGAGGACAUUAUGGCAAUGCACCAAAUUUUGCUAGAACGGCUGGAAGGCUGCAAGUAG